UAGAGAGAAAAAGGAGAGGAACCGAACAGAAGAAGAAAAAGGGGGGGCGUUGACCUCUUGAUCCUGCAAACGUCAACCAGCUACUUGCAUCAUCAUGGACACAGACACCGGCCUCAAUCAUACAAACAGCUCCUCACAGCAUCAAGACACAGAGCUGUUCUCGUCUGAAGAGGACAGCAGCCUCUACUUUACCUACAGUGGAGGGUGCAACGAGCUGGAGGUCAACAACCUGCACUAUGAGGUGGACACAGCGGCUCAGAUCCCCUGGUAUGAGAAGUUGUCAGAGUUCAAGUUGCCGUGGGAGAUUAAAGGAAACAAGCAGACAGCCAUCAACAAGCUCAGCCUCCGAGUCCACAGCGGGCAGAUGCUGGCCGUCAUCGGCAGCUCAGGUUGUGGUAAAACAUCUUUGCUGGACAUAAUAACAUGCCGCGAUGAGGGCGGCACAAUGACGUCCGGUCAGGUUCUGAUCAACGGGAAGCCUAACACGCCUCAGCUGGUGAAGAAGAGCAUCGCUCACGUCCGACAAGAUGACCGGCUCCUUCCUCACCUCACCGUCCGCGAAACUCUCGUCUUUGUUGCCAAACUGAGGCUCCCCGCCCACUUCACACAGGCUGAGAGGGACCAGAGGGUGGAUGAUGUCAUCGCAGAGCUGCGGCUGCGACAGUGUGCUCACACCCGGGUGGGAAACGACUAUGUGAGGGGAGUCUCUGGAGGCGAGAGGAGGAGAGUCAGUAUAGCUGUCCAACUUCUCUGGAACCCUGGUAUUUUGAUCCUGGAUGAACCCACGUCAGGUCUGGACAGCUUCACAGCCCACAACCUGGUGAUCACACUGUCCCGCCUGGCCCGUGGAAACCGCCUGGUGCUGCUGUCAGUCCACCAGCCCCGCUCUGAUAUCUUCCAGCUCUUCGACCUCGUUGUCCUGCUGUCGUCAGGUUCAGCCGUUUACUGCGGAGCUGCUUGUGACAUGGUGCCUUACUUCACGGCUCUGGGAUACCCCUGCCCGAGAUACUGCAACCCCUCCGACUUCUAUGUUGAUCUGAUCAGUAUAGACCGGCGCAGUCCGGAGCAGGAGGCCAAGUGUUUGGAGCGCUCUGGAGUUCUGGCUGAGCAGUUCUUAGAAAAGGUCCGAGACACAGACGAUCACAUGUGGAAACCAGCUGGGACCAACACAGCACCAACAACACAACCUGAAAGCUCUCAGCAGAUCAGCAAAGUAAAAGAAGAAGAAGUAAUCACCAUUUCCAAGGAAAGAAACAGACUGCCUGGAAGACUGCACCAAUUUACCAUCCUCAUCAGGCGUCACAUGUAUAAUGACUACAGGGACCUGGUCACCUUAUUGGUUCACGGCUUCGAGGCCCUCCUCAUGUCACUGCUGGUCGGUUGUCUCUACUACGGGGCAGGAGAAGAGCGUCUGUCCAUUCAGGACACAGUGGCCCUCCUGUACAUGAUCGGUGCCCUCACGCCAUUUGCUGUGGUGCUGGACGUCAUAGCUAAAUGUCACACAGAGAGAGCCAUGCUUUACCACGAGCUGGAGGACGGCAUGUACUCUGUCACUUCAUACUUCUUUGCCAAGGUCCUGGGGGAGUUACCUGAGCACUGCGUGUUCACCUUGGUGUACGGCCUGCCCAUUUAUUGGCUGGCCGGCCUUAACGAAGCUCCGGAUCGUUUCCUGCUCAACUUCCUGCUGGUGUGGCUGAUGGUCUACUGCAGCCGAGCCAUGGCUCUGUUUGUAGCCGCGGCACUUCCCACCCUGCAGACCUCGGCAUUCAUGGGCAACUCGUUUUUCACUGUCUUCUACUUGACCGGAGGUUUUGUCAUCAGCCUUGAGAAUAUGUGGCUCGUGGCCUCGUGGCUCUCUCACGCCUCCUUCAUGCGGUGGGGUUUUGAGGGCAUGCUGCAGGUGCAGUUCAGAGGCAACAAGUACCCCGUCACCAUCAGGAACAUCACCUUUAAUGUUGACGGCAUACAUGUGGUGGAGGCCAUGAAGAUGAACCAGUACCCUCUGUACUCGUGCUACCUGGUCCUGCUGGCAGUUGUUCUGGUCUUCAUGGCGCUCUACUACGUGUCCCUAAAAUUCAUCAAGCAGAAGUCCAGUCAGGACUGGUGAACACAUCUGCACCAGUUUGAACCAUCAGACCAAACGCUAUCUGAAAUCAGACGACAUCAGAGUCAGGUUUUUACUUAAGCAUGUGUUUUUUUCAGCAGUGGAAGGAGGUAGUUUGGGUUCUAGUCGACUGGUUCGACACUGAGCCAUGCUUUCCAUUGUCACUUUAAUACGAGGACAGUUGGCAGUGGGAAAAGUGCUUUGAGGUCAUGUGUGUAGGAUUUGGUGGCAUGUAGCAGUGAUGUUGCAGAUUGCAGCCAACCAAAAUUUCUCCCAAGUGCCAAGUGUGUAGGAGAAUUAUGGCGGGCAACAUGAAAACAUGGAAAUGCAAGAGCCAGUGGUUUGUCCAUUCUGACCUACUGUAGUUACAAAAUGGCAGACUACUUGGAAGAGGACCUGCUCCGCAUGUAGAUAUACACGGCUCUUUCUAAGGUAAUGAAAACACAGUGACUUUUUAUUUUCAGGUGAUGAAUAUUAUUAGUUAAUGAAUCAUAAAAACAUAUUAUCAUAUUAACUCCAUCUCUGCCGUUAUAGCCCUUUAAAUCCCACACACUGGACCUUUAAUUUGGGGGAGAAAAGUCACAGUUUUUGAAUUCACAUUUUUACAAUAACAUCAGAGACUGCACUGCACUCUUUUAAUGGUAGACACAUAUGAAAUAACUCCCCUGGCACCUUGAUCGAAUGUUUAAGUAACUCUUCUUGACGUAUGAAAUAAUACCCAACAGUUGAAACAUGGGGAAAAAGUUUCAAAGGACUUGUUGCAGUACUGCUGUGUGCUGCUGGAUGGCAGCAGAGCACUGCACUUACAUCAAAGUUAAACUGAUGAUUUAUUUUCUCGUCCUCUCUUCUCCGUCUUGGCAAAUGAUUAGAGCGCCACUUUGGCAGAUAUCCAUCUGCAGCUUUUGCUUGUUCCAUUUUCAAUCUUCUUUUUUUUCUAUAGCUUUAUCUUCUUUUUUUUGUAUAUGUAAGGUUAUUAAGCUUAACAAUGUGUGUGCCAGUAUAGGGAGCACUGAAAAAAAGGCCUAGUAGAGAUUUAGUAAGUCACACUCAGAAAAAAAAGAGCUUGUACUUGUGUCCUCAUAGAUUGAAGAUUAUGUAAGCUGUGUGUUUUUGCACUGGUGCAAGAGCCUGAUAAAUAUUUUAC